AUGGCGCUAGAAAAAUCGCCAUAAAUGCUCUCCAAAAUAAAGGGGAAAGAGAAAAAGAAAACGUCAUCCAAAAGAGCCUUCUUAGCACUUAGCAGACCAUUUCUCCGAUCCUUUUCAUGGCGCAAAAGAGUUUCAAGUACGUGAUCCUUGGCGGUGGAGUCGCCGCUGGAUAUGCUGCUAGGGAAUUUGCCAAGCAGGGGGUUAAGCCUUGUGAACUGGCAAUUAUUUCCAAAGAGGCGGUGGCUCCAUAUGAACGUCCUGCCCUAAGCAAGGCAUAUCUCUUUCCUGAGGGAGCCGCAAGACUUCCAGGUUUCCAUGUAUGUGUUGGAAGUGGUGGAGAGAGAUUGCUUCCUGAGUGGUACAAGGAGAAAGGGAUAGAAUUGAUCCUUAGUACAGAAAUAGUAAAAGCUGAUCUUGCUGCAAAGACUCUGAUAAGUGCAGCUGGAGAAAUAUUUAAAUACCACAUCUUAAUGAUUGCAACUGGUUCCACUGUCAUUAAGUUGACUGAUUUUCGUGUAGAAGGAGCUGAUGCCCAAAACAUAUUCUACUUGAGAGAAAUUGCUGAUGCUGAUAAGUUGGUCGAGGCAAUCAAAGCCAAGAAAAAUGGAAAGGCAGUUAUUGUUGGAGGUGGCUACAUUGGUCUUGAGCUUGGUGCAGUCAUGAAAAUUAACAAUUUUGAUGUUACAAUGGUGUACCCAGAACCAUGGUGCAUGCCCCGGCUUUUCAGUGCUGGUAUUGCUGAAUUCUAUGAGGGUUACUAUGCAAAGAAAGGAAUCAAAAUUGUGAAGGGAACAGUUGCAGUUGGAUUUACCUCCGAUUCAAAUGGAGAGGUUAAGGAAGUCAAACUUAAGGAUGGAAGGGUGCUGGAAGCUGACAUCGUUGUUGUUGGUGUUGGUGGAAGGCCUCUUACGACAUUGUUCAAAGGACAGGUUGAAGAGGAGAAGGGUGGAAUAAAGACUGAUGCAUUUUUCAAAACAAGUGUUCCUGAUGUAUAUGCUGUGGGGGAUGUAGCUACUUUCCCAAUGAAGUUGUACAAUGAUGUAAGAAGGGUUGAACACGUUGAUCAUGCCCGGAAAUCAGCUGAACAGGCAGUGAGGGCAAUCAAGGCAAGUGAGGAAGGAAAAUCAACCGAUGAAUAUGACUACCUUCCAUACUUCUAUUCUCGUUCCUUUGAUCUGUCUUGGCAAUUCUAUGGUGACAAUGUUGGUGACACCGUGCUUUUUGGAGACAACAAUCCAGAAUCACCAAAAGCAAAGUUUGGGUCAUACUGGAUCAAAGAUGGGAAGAUUGUUGGAGCUUUCCUUGAGGGUGGCUCUCCAGACGAGAACAAGGCCAUUGCUAAAGUUGCAAGGGUCCAACCUCCAGUUGAAAAUUUGGAUAUCCUACAAAAGGAAGGUCUCUCCUUUGCCUGUAAGAUAUGAAGACUUCUUGCUACCGUGCCUUCAAAGUAAUGUUUGAUUACAUGUAACUGGAGGGCUAUGUAGACUUACCAUUUAGUUCUCAUUCCGAGUGUUCCGUUCGUAGUUUUUGGAUUGAGUACAAUGUUCUGGACUGAAUUGCUUUGGUUCGAUUUCCUUGUGUUUCCUAUCUAUCAUUCUCAACUUGGUGUGAAUAAGGGUUUUGCCACAUUCAUUAUUAGGCUUGUUACCAUGCGGUGCCACUGCACCUACAGUUUC